AAAAAAAAAAAAAAAAAGCUCUAUAUUCCAGCAUGUACAAUUUCACCUUACACCUGCCUGCUGCCAAUACUACCGAGACGGCUGGGGAUCCCACUAUCUUGCACACUUUAUUCUACUCAUCCCCAACAUUCACUGCCGUCAUAGGGAUCCUGUUAAUAGGAUGGUAUCUAAAGACGAUCGACACCAAAGAUUCCCCUAACAUCUACGGUAACUACAAUUUCGAUGCGCCAAUAGUAGGGUACAAAAACAGGGUUCUAGCAAGGUGGCAGUUCUUUCGAAACGGCCCAGCCCUAAUCCGCGAGGGGUACGAAAAGUAUAGAGACACCUUUUUCAAAGUGUCGGGUAACGACCUCCUUAUCGUCCCCAAUAAAUACCUAGCCGAGCUGGCAAGCAUGCCACCUGAGAAGCUCAGUCUCAACACGGCCAUUGUGGAUGCAUUUCAGCGGCUCCACUCCAUCACUGCCGUUAUCACCGAUCACAGCCUACAAUCGCGGAUGCUCACAUCACGACUGACACCCAAGCUCGGUUUGCAUGUCCCGUUAGUCCAAGAGCAAUUCCGCAAAUACCUCCCACAAGAGCUGCCUGCAACCGAGAAGGAAUGGACAGGCGUUAACGCGUUACACUUGUCCCGUCGCAUGGUCCACAGAGGAGUGGCUACGCAGUUCGUUACUGAGCUAGCGGAAGACGAAGAGUACCUGUUGACAGCGAUCAGUUACUCGGAGAACGGCUUUAGGCAUAACUUUCUCCUGCGCGUUUUCCCUGAUUUGGUCAAACCAAUCGUUGCUCGCCUUCUCCCAACGAGCUGGGGUGUGGACCGAGCCCUUAGGAAGGCAAAGCGUAUGGUCAUCCCUAUCAUACACGAACGUCGUCGACGGGAGCAAGAUGACCCUCUCUACGAAAAGCCUGAUGACUUCCUCCAGCAUCUCAUGGAUGGAGGCCUGGAACUUCACGAUGAUGUCGAGACAACUGUCCAGCGUUUGAUGGUGACGUAUCUUGGCUCUGGCCCCUCGACCAUUAUUGCCGUAGCGCAAGUCUUGUUCGAUCUCUGUGCACAUCCGGAAUAUGUCGAGCCACUGAGGCAGGAGGCACUGGAGGCCCUACACAAGGGAGGCUAUACCAAACAAGCCUUGGCCGACAUGAAGAAGAUGGACAGCUUCAUGCGAGAGUCCCAGCGGCUGAGUCCACCUACACUACUGGGUUUCAACGCCAUUGUGCGCCAACCGCUAACUCUACACGACGGGACCAUCCUCCCGGAGGGUGCCCAUAUCCAGAUGGCAACCUACGCGAUCGGCGUCGAUCCCGAGCGAGUCCCCAAUGCGGACAAAUUUGACGGUCUACGCCAGUAUAAUAACCGGAGACGACCUGGCGAGAGUAAUUGGCACCAGUUUACUACCACAAGCGAGAAUAACCUGCACUUCGGUCAUGGCAAGAUUGUAUGCCCGGGCCGUUUCUUUGCGGACCACUCCAUGAAGAUGAUCGUUUCCAACAUCCUCUUGAGAUACCAUAUUCGCUUUCCAGGGGGAUCCACGCAAAGACCGUCGAACUCAAGCAUUUAUGAUGUGGUGGUUCCUGAUUUGAGCACCUGCGUCGAGUUCAAGUUGAGAGAAGAUGCAUCUCAAUGUGUUUUCUAGGUUAGAAACAUUUGUUCAUUUCGUUAUGCUGUGGCAUGGAUAUAGGAUCAAGAAGAUAUAGAUAAGUAACAGCAACAUUUCAUAAGGAUUAUCGCACUAAAAGGAUUGUUA